UUUGUCACGUAUAAUAGCUUUUCGUGUUUAAAAACGUGAUAUUGGAACCUAUUAUUAUACGACAAUGAAUACUUGUAGAACGUGUCUUAAAACUCCCGCUAACAAGGAUAUUUCAGGCCUCAAAAAAAGUGUAAAAGAUGACAGUAUAACGGACAUCAUGAUAUUCUGUUUGGAUAUAAAGGUUUCAGAAGACUCCAAAAUAACUACGAAACUAUGCAACAGUUGCUACAGAAAAAUCAUAUCGUUUUACAAAUUUAAGUCUCUGUCUUUGAAAAAUGAUGCAUAUCUUAAAUCUCUUGACCCACUUGAGAAGUCUGCGGACCAAAAACUAACUGUAUACGUGGAUGAAAACGGAAUUAAACACGAAAAUUUCCUGGAAUCUGAAGAUUUUGGGCCAUGUGUAAUAGAAUAUGGCGAUAGGGAAAUAAAAGUAGAAAUAGAUGCUAAAGAUGACGACGGACUAGGAGAUUCAGAAAUAAUAGAUAUUAUUAAGGAAGAAAAUACAUUUGAAGAUCAGAUAUUUGAAUCAGAUGAAGAGCCAGUGAGUGUGGUACAAAAAGUUAAAAAUGUGGAGGAUGAUACCAAAGAAGUUCCAGAACAAAACAGCGAGCGGCCACUGCUUAAAUGUAAAGCGUGCCCAAAACAGUUCCACUCCAUCGGAGGGCGGAAGAAGCAUUACCGGACCAAGCAUCUGGGGAAGAAGUCCAAGUGUGACAUUUGUGAUAAAGAGGUGGUAUGCCUGUCAGUGCACAAGCUCUGUGUCCACAACCCGUCGGGCAUGCGGUUCACCUGCUCGGUUUGUGACCGCCGCUUUGUGUCGCAGGCUGUGCUGGACGUCCACAUGGUGUCCCACACCAAGGACUACCAGUUCCAGUGUGAUGUUUGUCAGAAGAAGUUCAGCUGUAGAGCUUUACUCUCAAAACAUAUGCGGCAGGUGCAUAUAAAGGAGAGGAACCAUAAAUGUGAACAUUGCCCCAAGGCUUUCUUCAGGAAAGAUAAACUACAAGAACAUAUGAGGACACACACAAACGUGAGAGAUCACCAGAUUUGCGAGGAGUGCGGCAUGUCGGUGAGCAACCUGCGUCUGCACUCGGUCCGGCACCGGGCGCGCGCCGAGCGGCGGCGCCUGCCGUGCCGCGCGUGCCCCAAGACCUUCUACUCCAUCGGCGGCCGGAAGAAACACUACAGGGUCACGCAUCUCGGCAAGAAGCACAAGUGUGACAUUUGUCAUAAGGAGGUGGUAUCCCUGUCCGCGCACAGGCAGCGCGUGCACGCGCCGGACUCGCUCCGGCACUCGUGCGCGCAGUGCGGGCGCCGCUGCGUGUCGCGCUCCGUGCUCGAGGCACACAUGCUCACACACACCAGGGACUACCAGCACGAGUGCGACACGUGCCUCAAGAAGUUCAUCAGCAAGAACUUCCUUACGAGGCAUCAACGGCAGGUUCAUGAAAAAGAAAGGAGCCAUCAGUGUGAAUUUUGUUCUAAGGCUUACUUCAGUAAAAAUAAACUACAGGAACAUUUAAGGUCGCACACGAACGAGCGGCCGUUCACCUGCAACGAGUGCGGCCUCUCGUUCACAACGAAACAGGCGCUCACCAGGCACAUGCUCACGCAUAGCGACGUCAAGAACUACCCCUGCGAGCUGUGCAGCAAGAGCUUUAGGGUGCCCGGGAACUUGAGGGCCCACAUGAUCAGUCACACGAAGGAGAAGCGAUACCCGUGCGCGUUCUGCGGCGCGCGCUUCGGCCGCUCCGACCACCGCAACCGGCACGAGUUCACCGCGCACAAGAAACACGGACAAACCGAACCAGACAUAAAGCAGGAUUGCUGAUAGUUAAAAUAGACCCAAAACUGGGAUUCAUCAUAGACAAUUUUAACACA